AUGUAAAAUUAGAAUCAGACAAAUAAUCUCUUUGAAGAAAAUACUUAAUUAAGAAAGAAGUUAAUUGAAUUAGAAAAUAAUCUAUAAGAAUUAAUUAAAUAGGAUUCUUUGAUUGAGAAAUGGACAAUAAUGAAAAAUUUUGUUCUUGUUUCUACUGAGGUUGAACGUUUAUCUCAUGCAUAUGUGGCUUUGGAAUAAGAACAUUAAUUCUUAUUAAAUACAUAAAAUAAAGAUGUUUAGUAGAGUGAAUAAAAACUAAAGAUUUUAAUUACUUAAUUAGAAGAAUUGAAUACAUUAAUGAUUGAAUAAUAGAAAAGAAUAGAAGAAUUAAAUAAAAAUAAAAAUUUGUUAAAAUCAGUAAUUAAUGAAACAAAUCAGAAGAUGUAAAUUAUAAGUGAUCAUAAUAAACAAUUAAAAUAAAAUGAACAUAUUCUAAAUUAAGAGAAAUAAAAUUUAUAAAAUUAAUUAUAAGAAUCAAAUAAUGAAUUGAAUAAUCUUAUGUAAACUCUAAAGGAAUGUGAAGAUAUGUAUAAAGAUACCAUAAUAAAAUAAGAGACAAUUAUAAAGAAUAUGUCUCAAUAAAAUGAUAAUCUUAAAGGUGAGAAUAAUAAAAAAGAUAAAUUGAUUGAUUAAUUGAUGAAAAAGAAUAAUGAUUUAAUUAAUGAUAUUGAGAGAAUGGAUAGAAAAUAUAAUGAAUAAUCUUUGUAGAUGAAGAAAAUAUCAAAAAUGUAUGAAUCAUUAGAAUAAGAUUACAAUAAUUUUAGAUUUUAACAAUAAGGCAAUUAAUCUGAAGUAUGUUUAUUUAAUUAUUUUGAAUAUAGUUUAAUUAAUUGACAAAGAGAAUAGAACAUAAGAAUUAAGUUUUGAUAGAUUUAGAAAAUAAAUAUGAUAAAUUAAAUGUAAUAGUAAAAGCUUAAGAAUCAUAAUUGGAAGAGAAAGAUUAAUAAAUUAAAUAAUUAACAUAAUAAUUGAUUGAGUAAUAAACUUUAUUGAUUGAUAUGAGAAGUAGUAAUAAAUAAGUUAAAUGUGACAAUGAAAGUGAAGUUAAAUAAUUAAAUGUUUAGGUUAAAAGACUUUAAGAUAAAAUUAUAGAAAUAAGAAAAGAGCUUGAAAGUGAGACUAUUUUAAAAGAGAAAUUAUAAGUUUGUAUUCAAAAUAAAGAAGUGGAAUUUGAAAAACUCUAUAAUUAAAAUGAGAUUUUGAAGUCAGAAUAACAAGAAUUUAAUAGAAAGAUUAAUGAAUUACAAUAGACUUUGAAUAUUGAAAAGAAUAUGUUUUUAAAAGUUUAAUUGGAAUGCAUAGGUUUAAGAGAUUAGAUUAAAUAAGCAUAAGAAAAUGAUUAAAUAGAGGAUUAAAUGAAUUUGAAAGAAGAAUGUGUUUAAUUGAGAGAUGAAUGUGAGUUGUUAAGGAAUGAAAUAUAAUUCUUUAGAUACUAAUAUUAAUAGUAAUAGUAGUAGAUUGAAGAAUUAAGGUAAACAAAAACGUAUUUAAGUAAUAUCUUAAUGGACAGAAGACAAUAUUGA